UCGGAACUUUAGACCUUUGGAAGAACAGUCAGGUGCUCUUACCCACUGAGCCAUCUCAUCAGCCCGUGGCCACAGUUUUGAGGGCACUGCCUAGGGGAUUCCAAAGCAAGCCGGUACCCUUGUCCCAGGGCAUUUUACAUAGACCUGAGGUCCUGGGGACAAACAGGCUACCUGUAUAGAGGAGCCACAACUAGCAAGCUACACACUGAAUUGGAUCAGAGUAGCUGCCUUCAGACACACCAGAAGAGGGCGUCAGAUCCCAUUAUGAAUGGUUGUGAGCCACCAUGUGAUUGUUGGGAUUUGAACUCAGGAUCUUACCCGCUGAGCCAUCACUCCAGCCCAGUGUGGGUCUUAUCUAGCUACGGAAGUGCAGUCCAGGAAUCGGAAGACUUUGUCAGAGACUGAUCUAGGAAGCGCAAGGUCUGCGGCCUCUUUAAGAAGGGGGCGGGAACAGCGGCUGGAGGAAGUGAGGUCGCAGGGGCCGCGGAAGCCGGAAGCCGCCGCGGGAGCAACGCGUGGGGAAAUGUCUGCCAGCGGGGCUGUGCAGCCGGGACACCCGGGGGCCGCCGUCGGGCCCUCGCCCGCUGCGGCUGCGUCACCAGCCACCGGGCCUUUGUUCCGGCCCCUCAACGCCGAGGAUGAGGAACAACAGCCUACCGAGAUCGAGUCACUGUGCAUGAACUGUUACCGGAACGGCACGACGCGACUUCUGCUCACCAAGAUUCCAUUCUUUAGAGAAAUCAUCGUGAGCUCCUUUUCCUGCGAGCACUGUGGCUGGAACAACACGGAGAUCCAGUCUGCAGGCAGGAUCCAGGACCAGGGAGUGCGCUACACCUUGACCGUGAGAAGCCAAGAGGACAUGAACAGAGAAGUGGUAAAGACAGACUCUGCCACCACAAGGAUCCCCGAGCUGGAUUUUGAGAUUCCAGCUUUCAGCCAGAAGGGAGCUCUGACCACUGUUGAAGGACUCAUCAGCCGCGCGAUCUCUGGCCUGGAACAGGAUCAGCCCACACGACGGGCAGUAGAAGGUGCCAUCGCAGAAAGAAUUGAUGAGUUCAUUGGCAAACUAAAGGACCUAAAGCAAAUGGCUUCCCCUUUCACACUGAUCAUUGAUGAUCCCUCGGGAAACAGCUUUGUAGAAAACCCACAUGCUCCCCAGAAAGAUAAUGCCUUGGUGAUCACAUACUAUGAGCGAACCCCACAGCAAGCUGAGAUGCUGGGGCUCCAAGCAGAAGCACCAGAGGAGAAGGCGGAAGAGGAAGACCUUAGAAACGAAGUGCUCCAGUUCAACACUAACUGCCCAGAAUGCAAUGCUCCAGCUCAGACCAACAUGAAGCUUGUCCAAAUCCCCCACUUUAAAGAGGUUAUCAUCAUGGCCACCAACUGUGAGAAUUGUGGGCAUCGGACUAAUGAGGUGAAGUCCGGAGGAGCUGUGGAACCUUUGGGUACCAGGAUCACCCUCCACAUCACAGAUCCCUCAGACAUGACCAGAGACCUCCUCAAGUCUGAGACCUGUAGUGUGGAAAUCCCAGAGCUCGAGUUUGAACUGGGAAUGGCUGUACUUGGGGGCAAGUUCACCACUCUAGAAGGACUGCUGAAAGACAUCCGAGAAUUGGUAACCAAGAACCCAUUCACAUUGGGCGACAGCUCUAAUCCUGGCCAGGCAGAGAAACUGCAGGAGUUUAGCCAGAAGGUGGGCCAGAUCAUCGAGGGCAAGAUGAAGGCCCACUUUAUCAUGGAUGACCCAGCAGGAAACAGUUACCUGCAGAAUGUGUAUGCACCUGAAGACGAUCCAGAGAUGAAGGUCGAGCGGUACAAGCGCACCUUUGACCAAAAUGAGGAGCUCGGGCUCAAUGACAUGAAGACAGAGGGCUAUGAGGCGGGCCUGGCCCCACAGCGGUAGCAGUGGCCAGCUCACUGGCCAGCUACAGUGCCACUCACACUGCAGGGUUAUGUUACUGUUGGGAACUGACGAGGAGUGCUCAAGCCCUCGUCCAUGGUGAAGAGGUUACCACUUGAGUUAGAAAUGUAAGCACCCAAGGUUAGCAGCUGACUGACGAAGCAGCUGCAGCCCUACUGUGCUCCUUGACCUUCUUUUGGAGUUUUUAAGUCGGCGUGAGAAGAAUCCCAGAAACACCAGGCGGUCUGCCAUCACCUUUUGCUUGUCAGCUCUCUGACCUCCAGUACUGGACCUUUGAAGUCUGGGGAAGUGAAAUACAAGUUUCUGCUGGCUCUGGGCAUGUGAAGUACUGACUCUUAGCAGGGAAGGAUGAUGGAGGGGCCGAGCAGGUACAGGUGAAGACGCUACAUUAAAGUGAUGGCCUUUAAACGACA